AUGGCGAGGAAUCACUAUGAAGUGCUCGGCGUCUCGAGAGGCGCGAGCCAGGAGGAGAUCAAGCAGGCGUUCCGCGCGCUCGCGAAGAAGCUCCACCCGGACACAGGCCAGGCCAGGAGCGCAAAGCGCGACGGGGGCCAGCCGAGCGACGACGACAGAGAAUUCAAGCGCGCAUCUGCAGCGUACCACGUGCUGAGAAAUGACGACAGGCGGAGGCUGUACGACAAGGCCCUGGACAUCGAGGAGGCCACGGGGGCGGACGCGGACGACUACGGAGCGUCCCCGAGCGGCCGCGCGCGCACCGCUGCGGACCGCGCGAAGGCAUGGGAGGAGUAUUGGGAGCGUGAGUUCCGGGACAGGGACCGCACGGGGGCGCGCGGGUUCAGCGACGAGGUGUACCGCCGGCUGUACGAGGAGUACAUCCGCGAGACGCGCGGCAACAGGUCGGCGACGUGGGCGUCGCGCACCGUGGACGGCAGCAGCCGCGAGGCGUGGGUCAUCGCGACGCACGACGCCGCAGCCUACCGUGCGCGCGCCCAGGAGGCCGCGCGGAAGGCCAGCGAGCGGCGCAUGGAGCGCGCCGCGCGGGCGCUGCGCAAGCACGCGUUCGCGGCGACGGGCGUCACGCUGCGCGACGCCGCGGUGGCCGCCUUCACGCUCGCGAGCCUCACCGCGGCGCUGCUCCCGCUCGUCCCGGCCCCGUCUGACGGCUGCGCGACGGACGCCGCGCGUGUCCGGGAGCCUGACGGCAACGCGGGGGACGAAAGGGGGGGUGUUCCGGAUGGGACGGGCAGAUGGGACGGGUGGAAGAAGGGGGCGGGGACGGUCUUCGCGACGGUGGGCGCGAUGGGGUUGGCGGCGUCGCUGGCGAAGCGAUUCCGAGGCGGGCUGCGGUUUUUAGGCAGGCAGGGGACAUCGUCACCGGCAGGGGGCGGGGAGGGCGCCGGGUGGUCGCCGUGGCGGCGGCGGCCUGACUCAUAG